AUGAAAAUCAACUUACUUGGAUAUGCAAAUGUUGAUCAUAUCGGUGAUCUUGUGUAUGAACCAGACUUACUUUGGAAAAAUCAAGAUGUCACUUUAGCAUUUGUGAAUGGUGAUCAAGAAAAACAGUUAUACUUUCGUCGAAUAUAUUUUCAAUGGUUUUUACCUACUCAUAUUCACUUCAAAGAAGUUCCGCUUAAUCACGGUGCUGAUAUUCGAGUAGGAUUUCGACUAGACAAUCAACAAUCAUGGUCUCUUAUUGGAUCUAGUUCAGCUCUUUUUUCUCGUAUGGAACGUGCCAGAAGAACAAUGUUACCUGAACAAAAUUUUAUGUUGCCAUAA